AUGGCACCUACGAAAUCAGCAAAGGGAGGUCCUUCCAAGGGUCCAAACAAGGGCGGUAAGUCUGGAGCAAAGUCAGCAUCAAAGACUGGCGGCGAUCGUGUCAGACCCAAGAAGCCCACAGGUGUCAAGCCCAAGACAGUCGAGCAAAAGACAAAGUCGACUUCCCACGGUCCUCAAAGAAAAAAGAAGCGCGUCUACACCGACAAGGAGCUCAACAUCCCCACCCUCAAUGGUAUCCGUCCUGCUGGAAUCCAGAAGCCCAAUGGUGUCAAGAAGGGCAAGACUUUCGUCGACGACAAGGAGUCCUUGAUGACCAUCCUCGCCAUGGUACAGGCUGAGAAGGAGGGAAACAUUGAGAGCAAGAUGAUCCGCGCUCGUCAGAUGGAGGAGAUUCGUGAGGCUAGAAAGGCCGAGGCUGAAAAGAGAGAGGCUGGUCGCAAGGAGAAGCUCGAGGGAGUCAAGGAUGAUCUUCGCAGGAAGAAGAACAAGAAGGGCGGCAAGGACGCCGACAUGGAGGCCGAGCCUGCUGCUGAAAAGCCCAAGAAGAAGAGAGUCUCGUUCGGUUGA